UUUUCUUCCUGGGGCGCCAAAUCCACAGCAAACGAGCACAAGUUACUCCAAGCCGGUUAUAAUCACCGCAUUUACAGUCAUGGAUCUCAGUCCCUUUGAAAAAGACAACGCUGUAAGCUGUCGACUAGCUUCUCAGAUACCUGAUGUCUGCAAGAUGGAGGACUGUUGUCUGGGCAUCGACGAGGCAGGCAGGGGGCCUGUGCUGGGACCCAUGGUGUAUGGAAUAUGUUUCUGUCCAGUAUCCAAAAAGGAGGAGCUGAAAAGUUCGAAAGUGGCAGAUUCUAAGACCUUAACAGAAGCAGAAAGGGAAAACCUUUUUCAAAAACUGGAUGAAGCCAAUAGUUAUGUGGGCUGGGCACUGCAGAUUCUCUCCCCCAACACCAUCUCUACCAGCAUGUUACAGAGGACAAAAUACAACCUGAAUGCUCUUUCACAUGAUACAGCGAUUGGUUUAGUGCAGUAUGCUUUGGACAGUGGAGUACAGCUUAAAGAGGUUUAUGUGGACACAGUCGGUCCAGCAGAAAAAUAUGAGCAGAAGCUCUCCCACAUAUUCCCAGGUAUCAAUGUGACUGUGAGGCCAAAAGCUGACUCCCUCUUCCCCAUUGUCAGUGCAGCAAGUAUCUGUGCUAAGGUUGCCAGGGAUCGUGUCGUAAAAGGCUGGAACUUUGCUGAGGACCUAGGAGAUGUGGAAACAGAUUAUGGCUCAGGAUAUCCGAAUGACCCCAAGACUAAAGCGUGGCUGCUGAAGUACCUGGAUCCAGUGUUUGGUUAUCCUCAGUUUGUUCGAUUUAGCUGGAGCACUGCCCAAACCCUGAUGGACAGCAAGGCAGUGGCCGUUCACUGGGAUGAUGAUGAGGAGGACGGGGAGAAGACGGCACAGCGGCAAGGCAACAAGUCCAUGUUGUCCUACUUUGGUGCUUCAGCUGGAGGUAACGAGCAAAACCACCAGACACACCGGUUCUUCACUGAGAGGCGGCUGAAAAGCCUCAGCACACUCUGAAGACAUACCCAAACACACCGGGCAGAAUAAAGCCCUUGUGAGAAGUACAUAGUGUAUAGUGAAGCAGUUGAACAUGGACUGGGAUGAAACAUUGCCGGUGUCCACCUUUAUUUGACCUGUGUGUAUGUGUUAUACACAAAUAUACAGUUUUUUGUAAAAAGUGUUUUUCCUUUUUCUGGACACAAACAAGCAACACAACUUUGUUGGGAUUUUCUUUCCAGGUAAUACUGCCCUCUGCUGGUAAGAUGAUAAAAUCCACCAGGUGUUUGAAAAGCAUCAGUAAGCACAAUUAUGUGCUGAAGACACUUGUGCACUUGUAGCUUUUUCACAGUAAAAAAAAGCAUGUCACAGAAUGAUAAGCACAUGUGUACAUAAUUACAGAAGAUUAUAAAUAUAGUAAAUAAUCGUUAAUGUUAUCAGUAACGUGCUUUUCCUGCCGUGACAUGUCAACAUUUUCAAAAACAAUGUGAUAAGGACAGAAUAAACAACCCACAGUCUCUGCAAUCUUUUGCACCGUCACAAAUCUGUACCAUAAUUCUCUACUGUACAUACAAUAUUAAUAUUAAUCAAUUUAAUACUUUUCUUUUUUUUGCCUGGACCUUCUGUACAACACUUACUUACAUGUAGUUUGUGUUUCAUUUCUUCACUUAUCUAUUGUAAUCCCACUUUAAAAUCUGUUCACAAUAUAUAUACGUAAUGUACACUCAGGACACAUACAUGGUUUAUUUUCUGAUAACAUUUUUAAUGUUACAACACUGCACUUGCAUUGUGGUCAUUUUAUGCCAAAAGCCUGCGUACAGAGUUUUAAUAGCAACACUAAGGCAAUAGGCUACUUUUCUGUAAUAACAUUCUUUAUAAAGGAAUAUGUACAUACAUUUUUUUUACCUGGUCAGUUUUUGUCAUUUAAAAUAAAACACUUAUAUUCUCAAAUGUCUAAAAAACAGACAUUUAUAAAAGAAUAUUGCCAACAGUCAGUGCUCAUCUUCAGUUGUUGAUUUGUCCUCCAAAGCUUCAUCCUCGUCUGGCUCCGGCUUUUUCUCCAGGCUAACUUGAACACUCGGGGAAUCUUCACCUGUGACACAUAUUAACACAUUAUAAGUAUUUUCCAUGGAAACACAAAUGAUAACCACCUAUGAAGGGAUGUCAGUCAUACCAUAAUUAUUUGACUUGCCUGGUUUAACACAAAUAAUAAUAAAAAAAAGGCAUAUCCAUCUGUUG